GCCGAAGGUCAUCUCAGCAAAGAUUGCUCAGCACCUCCCAAGCCAAAGUCAUGCUACAAGUGUGGGAAUGAAGGUCACUUUGCGCGCGAUUGUCCUCAGGCUGCUCCUGCCGGGGAUUCGAGCGGCGGCUGGGGCAGCGCUGGCGGGAAUAACUAUCGCGCCGGCGGUGGAAAUGCCUAUGGCGGUGGUAAUUCCUACGGUGGUGGAGCUGGUCGAGAAUGCUAUCGCUGCGGCGGCCAGGGCCACAUAGCACGGGACUGUACCAGCGGGGGCAACUCUGGCUUUGGUGGCGGGAGCUACAGCCGCGGCGGCGGCGGGCAGACUUGCUACUCCUGUGGUGGCAUCGGUCACAUGUCACGUGACUGCACGCAGGGUCGGGUCCAGAAGUGCUAUAACUGCGGCGAACAAGGUCAUCUCUCCCGAGAUUGUCCGUCCGAGCCCACCUCCGAGCGCAUCUGCUACAAAUGCAAGCAACCGGGACACUUGCAGUCCGCUUGCCCCAACUAG